AUGAAGAUUAUCGAGGCUCAGGCCGCCGUCCUCUCCAACUUUGAGGUCUACCAGCACGUGGCGCACCAAAAGGACCUCUACAAGAAGACCAAGCGUCGUGGUCCUCCCAACAUGGAAACGGUUGCUCGUGAACUGCUCCAGUACCUCCGUACCGCGCCUAGUCCCCUCAGCCAGACGCCUCUCACCUACACGCCGUCGUGCAUCAAGACGCUCAUCCAACGCCUGCAGCCCUUUGAGCUGUCCAAGGGCGAGGUCGUCAUGAUUCUUAACCUGCGGCCUGCGUCCGUCGCCGCUCUCAACACUGUUCUUGAAGACAUGGGCGACCGAUACACCGAGACAGAGCAGGAGGACCUCGUCACUAUUACCUCCGAGGUCCUCGGCCAGUUCGACGAGCCAGAGGAGGCGCCUGACGCCGACACGUCCAUGCAAGACACCGCAGAAACAACCUCUUGA